AGCAACGGUCUAGAAUAUUGAGGAUAAGAUGCAGGAGAGAGGAGGCCAAGCAACUUACUCCUCCGUCCUCCGUCCUCCGCCUCCGACAGCAAUGACAACCUAGUAUUCCCAUACGUACGGAUGUCCACACCCCACGUGGCCUCAGCUGUUCUCUCUUCUGAAACAUAAUUUUCCCUUUUCAUUGUUAUGGCAAGCUUGGCCGCAGAAUCCGCGUUUCUCAGAAAUGGUACCACCACCGCCGCUGCUGCUUCCGCCGCCGCCGCCUUAUUCAGCUUCAAUUGGAAAGCUUCCCAAAGAAAGAGCCACCGGUCGCUACACACUCAUUGCGUGGAUGACAGGAACAGGGCCUCCAAACAACUGGGAUUAUUUUCAUUGAAGAAGAAGAUUGAAGAUACAGUUCUCAGAGCUGAGACGUUGGCUCCAAUGGCAUUGGAACUUGAAGAAGCACGAAGAAAUAAGCAGGAACAACAGAUACGAGACUAUAACCUUUGGGAUGACACAGCAAAGUCUAAUGAGAUUCUUGCUAAGUUAGCUACCAGUGCUAAAGUGGUUGAUGCUCUCAAAGACUUGACAUUUAAGGCUGAAGAAGCAAAGCUAAUAACACAGUUAGCAGAGGUAGACGCUAUAAAUUAUGGGCUUUUUAGGCAAGCAUAUGAUGCCUCUCUAGAUGUAAGCAAGCUUUUGGAUCAGUAUGAGAUGUCCAAGCUUCUGAAGGGACCAUAUGACAUGGAGGGAGCAUGUCUAACUAUCGAAGCUGGAGGUGAAGGCUACCCUGAGGUAUGGGUAAAACAACUACUGAGCAUGUAUACCAAAUGGGCCAAAAAGCUAGGUUAUAAAGGGAGGGUAGUCGAGAAGCAUUCUUCCACAAAUGGUGGCAUCACAUCAGCAACUAUUGAGUUUGAAUUUGCAUUUGCUUAUGGGUAUCUUUCAGGAGAGACAGGUGUUCACUAUCUUACAAGCUCGCAAAAUGUGUCUGAUUUGCCUACGGCUAGCUCAGCAGGUGUGGAUGUGUUUCCUUUGUUUCUUGGAAAAGCCCAUGACCUAGAAAUUGACAACGACAACUUGGUCGUUGCAUUGCCAUCGGUGCUUGAAGAGCAGCACCAAACUGAACCUACAGUGUCCAUCCAGCAUAAACUUACAGGCAUAAGUGCUCAAUCAUCAGGCGAGAGGAGUCACUUUGCAAAUAAGAUCAAGGCAAUUAACCGGUUGAAAGGCAAGCUUCUGAUCCUUGCAUUGGAACAAGGUGUUAGCGAGGUUAGCAAUAUCAAGAAAGAUGAGAUUGUGAAUCUGUGGGAGAAGGAGACGAGAAGGUACAUGUCUUAUCCACACAAGCUGGUCAAGGAUGUAAAAACAGGCAUCCAACUACCUGAUCUAAUGUCUGUUUUAGACGGAAAUCUUGAACCUCUUAUUGGUGCUCAUAUUAACACAAGACAGUAAAGUUACAUGGUUUUAAUC